AUGGCUUUUGCUGCUAUAAAUUCGGCGGGAAUGCCCAUUGCCGUCAUCGAGGAGGCAUUCGUGACAGAGCCCUCACUAAAAAAAGAGUCUACGAUGCGAUCGCAUGCACCUUUGUUUGAGGACCUUGCUCGUUACACCUCUUCCCUGCAGGCCAGGACCGCGAGCACCACACUACCGAUCGUACCGCCGCCUACCGACGGCCCUGCCGCGAAGAAGCGCAAAAUACAAAAUGGGAGCUCUGGGGAGACAGCGCAGGCGUCUGUCAACCUAAAGGAUGCGCCGACGCAAUUCUACGUCCAGGACAUUUCUUUCUCAAUGCCCCAGCGCAAGAAGCUCACGCUCGAGGUCACUGCUGGGCACAGGUACCUUCGCGCAAGGAACCAGGCUACAAAGGAGGUGGAAUUCGGAGUCUCAAUGGAUCAAAUUCGCCAUGCACUGUGCCUCCCUGUCCCAGAAAAGACGCAAAAGCAGUUCAACUUCUGUAUCAUUCCCGAGUUCGCAGAUGGAAUCACACCGCCACCCGAGGGCGCCACGGCCCCAGAUGCCAUGGUUUUCACCGUGCUUGAUGGCCCGGCUAAGGCUGCAUUCUCCGGGUCUGGACAACAGAUUGGCAACAACCUAGGCGAGACUGCGGAGGGAUUGAUUCGGAAGAUUCUGAACGAGAAUAUGCUCAAUAGCAGUGUCGUGCGGCCCGACGAAAGAGAGUUUGUGAGCGCAAUGCCUGAGGCGCAUCGCAAGGGCGACAAGGCAUAUCACGUCAAAGCAUUCCGGGGCAGCAAAGAAGGUUAUCUAUUCUUACUUUCGACUGGAAUUCUGUUUGCGUUCAAGAAACCGCUUCUUUUCUUUUCCUUCGAUACGGUCGAAUCCGUUUCUUAUACAUCCGUCCUCCAGCGGACAUUCAACCUCAACAUUCUUGCUCGUCCAAGAAACGGCUCUGAAGAGGACAACGAGGAAUUUGAAUUCUCCAUGAUUGAUCAAGACAACUUUGGCGGCAUUGACGAGUAUAUCAAACGUCAUGGCCUGCAGGAUUCCAGUUUGGCGGAAGCUCGCCGUGCCAAGGUGUACAAUGUUAACGCGCCUAAAAAUACCGACGAGUCCGCUGCCGCUGAAACUACAGUUGUCGAAGAGGAAAGCGAGCUACAGAAAGCUCAGCGAGAGCUCGAAGACCAGGAGGACGAGGACGAAGAAGACUACAACCCGGGCAGUGAAGGUGAAAGCGAGGGCAGUGGGUCAAGCAGCGAUGAUGACUCCGAAGACGAGUUCCACGAGAACGCAGAAAACGUUAGCGAUGGAGACGACGAGGAUCUCAUUAAGGAGGAGCUCGGCAGCGAGGCUGAAGAUGCUGGUGAUGAUGAAUAG